GAGCCAGAGAAGUUGAUGACUCAUCUGGAACAACAGUUUGCACUGAAUGAGAAACAGAUCAUAUGCUUCCGAUUGAUUUGUAAGUGGUUCAUCAACAAACAUGUCUUGAAAUUGGACACACCCCUGUUGUCCAUGAUCAUGACCGGACCUGGAGGCACAGGCAAAACAUAUGUAGUAAAUGCCAUCAAGGCUUUCAUGGCACAUUACGGUUGUGCUCACUUGAUUCGAUUUUUGGCCCCUACAGGAUCUGCAGCGUCUUUGAUUGACGGUAUGACUAUUCAU